AUGGGGAUACACUGUAAUUCUAGGGGCAGAAAUCAGGCUAGAUCAUCUGCAACUACAUCUAAUGACAAAGGAACAGACACCCAGGCCGGCAGAAAUAAAAUUGAUAGGGCUAACCACCGCUGCAACUAUAACUUCCCCUACCUCUAUAUCUACAUCAGAAUAAACAACCUACGCCUGUCUCCACAUCUACAAGCAUGGGAGAAUAGGACCACAACAAGCAGAUGGAUUAGAACCCCCACAUACAACAAGCUCCUACAUAACUCAGGCGAGCAGAAGGAUGGGAAAUGGAGCGCUAGGCAUGGCGGACUAGAAACAAACACGACAGCAACAUGCACCUACCACGGAUCCACCGACAACACCAAGAAUAGAUGA